AUGUCGACCUCCGCCACUAGGCUGAGUCCUGAGGAAAAGCUUAUUGAUGGACCAGAUAUGCUCACUCUCUAUCUUAACUCCACAAUCAAAUUAUUCCAGGAAUCGCAAUGUUUACCCCUCCCGGAUCCGCUUCAGCUUAGCGAUCAAGAGAAGCUGGUAACCUUCCUUUACCUCUUCUACAACGUACAUGCGCAUGCGCGGUACUGUUUUCAGUGCGAUGAAAUGCAAAGCAUUGAUGCAACGGCCAUAAACCAGCCCAUAGCCCCAGUAAUCGGCUCGCCAGAACUUCACUUUGUCUUCACCGAACUUACACUUCGCUUAUUGAACUCAUCGAAGCCCUCGAGGCGCGCGGUUCAUGAUAUCAGACCUCUGGCUAGCGAGAGUAUGCUUUUCGCGACUUUCUAUGCGCUUUAUAGCACCUUCUUACGAUAUCCACUUCAUCUGCGUCCAGUCGGGUCUGGGAACACUACUGCAGGUGCAAGAGAAGCCGUCCUUGGCUGGUCCAAUUAUGCCCGCUCCAGUCUGCCAUUAGCUGAGACGGUAGUCUCUUUACAAGCACGUUCCGGAGGCUUCUACAACGCUACUACUAUCUGCUUAUAUCGUUCAUUUGUGUUGCACGCCCUAACUGUGUCUCCUGGCCAGGGACAGUUAGAAUGGUUGGCUCUUGUAUGCGACACGUUUGCUGUAAACAUGGAUAGUGAGGAGAAUCUUGUGUGGUACAAAAUAGUCUCAGACCAUUCAUCCGGAGCGUUGCCUGGGUCACAAUCUUUAGUUAUUAACGAGAUAAUAAUGACGGAAUUCACCAUCGAGCGACCAAACGAGCUCUUUGAGUUGCUAACUCAAGCAUUCGCUGCAGGUCCUGCAACCGAUGUCACAUACGCUAUACGUCGCCGCCUAGCUCUCAAAAGAGUUGAUGGGCAAGGCGUACCACGGAGCUCCCAACCUGCGGCUAUGGCUCGGACUAUGAUACGUCAGAUCAAAAAGGCUAUAAGGACUGUGGAUGUAGAUGAGAGAAAGCGAGUCUAUGAGAUAUGGGUGAGGAGCGAGUGGGACGCACCGUCUAUAUUGUUCACUACGGACGAGAUCCGAGAAAUCCUGAUGCACCUUGACGACCCAUUCAUUAUGAAGUUCACUUCGGACUCCGUGCUUCGAUAUCUUGUCGUCAAGUCAGUCGAUCGUGAACUCCCAGCAAUGGAUCCUGCAGUAAAUAUCCCAGAGGAAGCCACUCGCCUCUACGCAAAGCUUGAACAUCUCAGGUCCGAGUUAUUGGAAGUCGCCAUAGAAAUGGCGAGAGUGAGUUCUGAGAACCCUAUGAAAGGCCAAAUAUUGGAUGGUCUCCGCUUGGUGGGAACGUCUGACACAGCAGUUCUCCAGCCAAGCCGCCUCUGGGACCUCGUAUUCAACACGACGAUCGAGUCCACAUAUACAACCCUCCCAUGGAUCGCCGUCUCGCAUAGCUGGUCUCAGGCCGACGGCAGUUGUUUCACCUCUAUCAACAACCGGGCAAACAUUAUUCCGUGGGCAACUCUUGCUGACCUCAACAAUAUCCGCGACGCAAUGAUGGCAACCGGGCUAACGAUGGGCUGGAUGGACAAGAUCUGCUUGCGUCAGCGGGGAACAGAAGGAUUUGAUGGUGCUUUAAGACAAUUGGAGUGGACAACAGACAUCCCAUUAAUUGAUGUGGCGUACCGACAUGCUGCAAAGAUAUUGGUAUAUCUUGACGGAGCGGGGAGGGAGAUCAACUACAGAACAACAUUCCGAGAAAAGAGUAGCUGGCUGUACAGAAAAUGGACGGCUCAGGAGACCCCAAGCGGUGUUGAGUUAGUACUAGGGUCUGGAAGAAAAUUCUUGGAAGGGUGCGAGAGCUGCGUAAGCGUCAUAAAGCGAUUGCGUUCCGUACAAGAAUUACGGAACUUGAAGUCGGAUGCUCAAGAACUAGAAAAGUUGCGCCACGUCUGGGAAGUCAUGCAAGGCAGAUCGGCCGGCUGCCCUGCUGACCAUGUUUUAUCCCUUGUUUCCAUACUUGGGCUAUCGGAGAGGCCGAGAUAUGACUCAAGGUAUAAUUUACCACAGGCUGUGAGCCUUCUCAAGGAGCAUCUACCUACAACUUCUCGACAGAUACUGGAACAAGAUGAGUGCGCCUCCUGGUUCGACGGAAUGUUCUCGACAUUUUCGAGCUCGUCUCUCGUCGUACCUUCUUGUUGGGGCGGUGACAAUAGACUGGCUGCUUUCUCCAUCAAACCCACAGCAACUGAAGACGUUAAUAAGUUGGAGUUUGCUUUACGUGGUAUACUUUCUCGGGUAAAGAAGGUUUUUCUAAUAAGAGAAGGAGAUGUUAGCGCUGUGCAAGACAUUUCAUCCGAUCAGAACGAAACGACCUGCACUUGCCUACGAGUCAAUAAGCCCCUGUAUCUUGACAAUCGCGACAUUUACGCAGACUUCUUCGUGUGGCAUGGCUACGAGGCAUGUUGCGCCGCAGUCGUACCAAACGACCGUGCAACCACAGAUGGAGAUCUCGCUGCCCUUCGUAACGCAACUCAUCUACUCCUAGGCGAGAACCAAUUGAUUUGUGCACCUUUGAAAAUCUCUGACUCCGAUAUGGAGAACAUAGAAAAGUAUGAACUCUUGCUUAGCAGCGCAGAUUCAGUGGCUAUACUUGACUCCGCACUAACGUGGACCAUCGUUAGCAAAGGCCAACAAAGCAGAACCUGCAUUAUAAAAGCAAAAUGA